UGUUGAGCUGGGGCGAAGGGCCCCGGCAGCCAGGGAUAGUGGGCAACAGCUGACCCUCGGCCUCCCGCUCUGACUCUGAGCCGGAGUGUCUUGGGGGAAGGUUUCGACUAGAGAUGUGAAGGGGGAAGGGCGGCCGCAGCGGCGCCUGGCCCUUUGUGCGUGAACAAUGACCAGCUGCCGCUAGUCCAGGGGCCCGGGUAGGCGUAGAGGGUGACCCGCCACAGCCGGGUCCUGAGCCGACCGAGUCCCCAGACACAGCCACCGGGCUUCGGAGGGAGGGAUCCUGAGUCCGCUGUCCAGCCCCUACGUGGGCCCCGCCAAACACGCGUGACGCGGGGUGCUUGCGCGUGUCCGCGCCCCGGGGGCGGGGACGCGUCUCGGACCCCUCCUCCGCACGGCGCCGCCCACUCGGUCGGGCGGGGGCCGGCCCGGGUUGGGGGCGCCGCGGAGGCGGGGCCGGGUCGGGCUGGCUGCUUCGAGUGGCCGCGCGCGGGCUGGAGCCGGGCGGCGCGCUGUGGAGUGCUGGGGGCGGCCCGGGGCUGAGCAUGGAGCAACGCGGCGGAGGUUCCCCUGGAGGCCCUUGGCCAGGCCUAAGCCUCUGUUGCCAUGGCCAUUGUGCAGACUCUGCCGGUGCCACUGGAGCCCACUCCUGAGGCCACCACUGCCCCACAAGCUCCAGCCAUGGGUAGCGUGAGCAGCCUCAUCUCAGGCCGGCCCUGCCCUGGGGGGCCGGCUCCUCCCCGCCACCAUGGCCCCUCUGGGCCCACCUUCUUCCGCCAGCAGGAUGGACUGCUGCGGGGUGGUUAUGAGGCUCAGGAGCCGCUGUGCCCAGCUGUGCCCCCAAGGAAGGCCAUCCCUGGCACCAGCUUCACAUACAUCAACGAGGACUUCCGGACAGAGUCACCCCCCAGUCCAAGCAGUGAUAUUGAGGAUGCCCGAGAGCAGCGGGCACGCAAUGCCCAUCUCCGUGGUCCCCCACCCAAGCUCAUCCCUGUCUCUGGAAAGCUGGAGAAGAACAUGGAGAAAAUCCUGAUCCGUCCAACAGCCUUCAAGCCAGUGCUGCCCAAACCUCGAGGGGCGCCAUCCCUACCUAGCUUCCCGGGUCCUCGGGCCGCCGGACUCGCUGGGAGCCAAGGCAGCUUAACACAGCUGUUUGGGGGCCCUGCCUCCUCCUCCUCUUCUUCCUCCUCCUCGGCUGCCGACAAACCCCUGACACUGAGUGGCUGGGCUAGUGGCUGCCCAUCGGGGACGCUGUCUGACUCUGGCCGAAACUCACUAUCCAGCCUGCCCACUUAUAGCACCGGGGGUGCUGAGCCAGCCACCAGCUCCCCAGGCGGGCACCUACCUUCCCAUGGCCCUGGGCGGGGGGCAUUGCCUGGGCCAGUCCGAGGGGCCCCCACUGGGCCAUCCCACUCGGACAGUGGCCGAUCUUCCUCCAGCAAGAGCACAGGCUCCAUGGGGGGCCGCAUGGCUGGGGGGCUCUUGGGCAGCGGUCCCCGGGCCUCCCCGGACAGCAGCUCCUGUGGGGACCACUCCCCGCCCCCGCCCCCGCCCCCACCUUCCGACGAAGCCCUGCUGCACUGUGUCCUGGAAGGAAAGCUCCGCGACCGUGAGGCAGAGCUGCAGCAGCUGCGGGACAGUCUGGACGAGAGUGAGGUGACCCUGUGCCAGGUGUACGAGGACCGGCAGCGGCCCUGGCAGCAGGAGCGGGAGGUGCUGCGAGGAGACGGGGCAGCCCGGGCACAGCGGGCGCAGCAGCUGCUGCAGCUGCAGGUGUUUCAGCUGCAGCAGGAGAAGCGGCAGCUGCAGGAUGACUUUGCACAGCUGCUGCAGGAACGGGAGCAGCUGGAGCGACGCUGUGCUGCCUUUGAGCGGGAGCAGCGGGAACUCGGGCCCCGGCUGGAGGAGACCAAGUGGGAGGUGUGCCAGAAGUCGGGUGAAAUCUCCCUGCUGAAGCAGCAACUGAAGGAGUCUCAGGCAGAGCUGGUGCAGAAGGGCAGUGAGCUGGUAGCCCUGAGAGUGGCACUUCGGGAGGCCCGGGCAGCGCUGCGGGUCAGUGAGGGCCGGGUGCGGGGCCUUCAGGAGGCUGCCCGAGCUCGGGAGCUGGAGCUGGAGGCCUGUUCCCAAGAGCUGCAGCGGCACUGCCAGGAAGCUGAGCGGCUACGGGAGAAAGCUGGGCAGUUGGACACCGAGGCAGCCGGCCUACGGGAACCCCCUGUGCCACCUGCCACUGCUGACCCAUUCCUCCUGGCAGAGAGUGAUGAGGCCAAGGUGCAGCGGGCAGCAGCUGGGGUCGGGGGCAGCCUGCGGGCCCAAGUGGAGAGGUUGCGGGUGGAACUCCAGCGGGAGCAGCGGAGAGGCGAGGAGCAGCGGGACAGCUUCGAGGGGGAGCGGCUAGCCUGGCAGGCAGAGAAGGAGCAGGUGAUCCGCUACCAGAAGCAGCUGCAACACAACUACAUCCAGAUGUACCGGCGCAACCGACAGCUGGAACAGGAGCUGCAGCAGCUCAGCCUGGAGCUGGAGGCCCGGGAGCUGGCCGACCUGGGCCUGGCCGAGCCGGCCCCCUGCAUCUGCCUGGAGGAGAUCACUGCCACAGAGAUCUAGGGCCCUUGGCAUCCCAGCUCUUCAGGGAGCUUGAAGAGGCAGGUCCACUGAGGGCCCCAAAGUCUGAGGGCCCCAGAGCUACUCUGCUCCUGGGGUCCAGGCCUCUGGGCCUCUGCCAAGAACUUGAGACUGCCCCAUGACUUAGAUUUGCAAGAUCAGACUCUUUGAAGCCCCGUGUUCACUGUCAACUAGAGGCUCUUACUUGACCCAUUUCACUCCCCAGCUGCUGCCAGUGCCACUGUUUGACCCCACUCACUCCAGACACUCCCCAGUGUGCCCAGCCAGGGGGUUGGGAAGAGGAAGGGGUUUCCUCAUCACAUUCUUCCCUACCCCGAAGUCAGAGAGAGCCAGACAGCACCAGCUGCUCCAGAUGUGCCUGCCCCCACCCCCUGCCCAUGUUGGGGGACAAGGCUGGGACUGGGGUCUCAUCCCCCAGUUCCAGCUCUGCAGCCUCUCUCCUGGGGUGGAGGCUGUAGUCAGACCAAAGGAAGAACUCAGAAGUGUCUUGUUUAUUUGUGUUUGUGACCAAGUGGCCCCUCCCCACAUCCAGGUUUAUGGUCUCGUUUUCACUUGUAUAUUUUUCACACUGUAAAUUUCUUGUACAAACCCAAAGAAAAAAAUUAAAUUUUCUUGUUUUUAAAAAAAGG